AUGGCAUCCAUCAGCUUUUUGGGUGCAGGCCCUUCUAUGUUUACUAGAGAAAAUUAUCAUAUAUGGGAAAUAAAGAUGAAUGCUUAUCUCAAAGCUCUUAGUCUAUGGGAAGCAGUUGAAAGUGAAAAUUAUUCCUCUCCACUUGGUCCAAAUCCAACUGUCACACAAAUGAAGAAUUAUGAAGAUGCUAAGUCUAAGAAACCAAAGACUCUCGCUUGUCUUCAUUCAACAUUUUUAGAUGUGAUUUUUACAAGAAUAAUGGUUUGUGAAACACCUAAAGAAGUAUGGGAGAAGAUAAAAGAGGAGUUCGAUGAAAGUGAUAGAGUGAGAACUGUCAAGCUCUUAACUCUCAAAAGAGAAUUUGAGAUGUUAAGAAUGAAAGAAGGAGAUACUGUGAAAGAGUACUCUGCCGAACUUCUAAAAAUUGUAAGCAAGAUAAGAUUAUUUGGUGAAACUUUUCCAUAUUCAAAAGUGGUGGAGAAGAUGAUGAUAAGCUUACCGGCAAGGUUUGAGUCUAAGAUUCUAGCAAUAGAUUUGAAGACUUUAUCCAUCGCAGAACUGAUUCGCAAGUUGCAAGCCCAAGAAUAA